ACGAGCGCGUGCUAACCACUGAGCUACAGGAUUCCACAGAUGAGAUGAAGAAAUUUCAAAAGAAGUAUCUGAUGGUCAUCCUGAUCUACUCAAUGUUUUUGUUGAUCUAUUCUUACCUACUGGAUUGUACAAGGAAGCCUGGGACUCUGGAGGAGCAGGUGGUGGGCAGAGAUUGCCAAGCUAGUUCAGCGCCCUUGGGCUGGGAGGAGAAGGAAGUUGAGGUCCAGUUGGAUAGAGAGGACGACGGGAACCGGUUGCCAAGGAAGCAGCACAUUUACCUGCAUGCUACCUGGAGAACCGGCUCAUCCUUCGUUGGCGAACUCUUCAAUCAACAUCCCAAGGUCUUCUACCUUUACGAGCCAAUGUGGCUGAUGUGGCAGGAGCUGUUCCCAGGAAACGCCAAGAGUUUGCAAGGAGCGGUCAGGGACAUGCUGCGCUCCCUCUAUCUCUGCGACUUCUCAGUACUCAAGCUCUACACCUCCUCCUCCAUGGGGGACGUGAAGCUGACCACCCACUCUGUCUUCGGCUGGAAGAACAACAAAGUCAUCUGCUCCGCCCCGCUCUGCCACGCCUACACCAAGGAUCAUGUGGAGUUGGUCAACGGGGAGAAGUGUGGGAAGCAAUGCCCGCCCAGGGACAUUAAGGAGCUGGAGAGGGAGUGCAGGAAGUAUGAUGUGAUCGUUAUCAAGGACGUCAGGGUGUUGGACCUCAAGGUGUUGCUGCCUCUGAUGCAAGAUCCCUCCUUGAACUUCAAAGUCAUCCAGCUCAUGCGAGACCCCAGGGCUGUGCACAACUCCAGGAUGAAAUCCAAACAGUCAUUGGUGAAGGAGAGCAUCCAAGUAUUGAAAAGCAAGAAGAGAUCAGAGAAAUACAAGAGUCUCUGGGCGCCUGGCAAGUCUCACCGAGUGGACACCUAUGUGUCCAGUGCCCUGGAGGUCAUCUGCGAGAGUUGGAGCAAGGAUUUGGCUUUGGUCAGGGACUCGCCAUCCUGGGUUCGGAGCAGAUAUGUGAUGGUCCGCUAUGAGGAUCUGGUGCUGAAACCACGGGAUACCUUGAGGGCAUUGUAUGGUUUUGCCAACAUAACGGUUUCACCGGCCACUGAGAUGUACGUGCUGAACAUGACCAAAGGCGAAGGAUAUUCCUCGGAAAAGCCGUUCUUGAUCUCUUCCAGAGAUGCAAAGGAAGCCAUCAGGGCUUGGAGGAACGGGCUGAGCCUUUGGCAGAUACAACAGGUGGAACAAAGCUGUCAGGAGGCUAUGAAAGUACUGGGUUACCAACCAAACAACAUAGACAACACCUAAACAUCUGUCAACACCCAAUAUUCCUUGAUUAUUGGACCAAGAUCUUCACGUGUGAAACCACAAAAUGGUGGAGAAAUCAAGACAGUAACAUCAGACAAGAGUACUAAAUGAACAAAAAACACACAUGUGUGAAUGGGACAGGAGUUGGUUUAUCCAAAUUUAUAAACAAGAUCCUGACUGCGCUCUGGACAUAUUCCAGGCUCACCUCUUCCUCAAGAAUUGCUGUCCAUCUGUACCAUCAGUGCAAACAGCACCAUUGCUGAACAACAAGAACAACAACAACAACUUGCACUUAUAUAGUGCCCUCCAUGCUGGGCAGCGUCUCAGAGCACUAACAGGAUUCCAAGCACGAUGCAGGUGACCACAGGGGCGUUGAUCACCCCAAUCAGCUGAGCUUCGCAAAUCAAGGACGUAACAUUUGUCGUUUGUUGUUGUAUAACAUUUAAUGAUCACACUUUUGAAAUUAUAAUGAAAAAUACUUGAAGCCCACACUUUACUGAAAGUUAUCUCGGGCCAAGUAUUGUAUAGUAUACGAAUUGUCGGUCUUGUUGAAAUAUAUCGGCUUGAAGUA